AUGGUCGUGACCAAAGUCCUAGCCGGGACUGGGGCCCCAUUAUACCCUUGUCUGAACAGCCACGGUCCUGCCAGAGUUCACAACCCGACCCCCACCACGGCGGCUGGAGGGAAGAUAGCGGCGCCGAGCAAGAUCGGCGCCUUCCUGAAGAACGCCUGGGCCAAGGAGCCCGUCAUCACCGUGUCCUUCGCCAUCGGCAGCCUGGCCGCCGUCACGCCGCUGCUCAGCCCCUACACGAAGUACUCCGGCUUGAUCAACCGAGCGACGCCCUACGUGCACCCAGUGCCUGUGCGAGACGAUGGCAACAUGCCCGACAUCCCCUCCCACCCCUGCGACAAGGAAGGGCCCACCCUGGACUGGCUGAAGAAGCUGUGACAUGGCCGGGGCCCUAGGGGGGAGUCGCCAGGACACGCUGACUGCAGAGGGAGCCUUCCCCCAGGCAGGGUCAGCGCGCUGUCCCCUGCUGGCUACAGGGGGGCUGGUUCUCUCUGCCUCCCCCCCAUGGAUGUAAUAAAGGUUUUGACUUAAAAAAAAAAAAAAAAGCAUUCCGAUGGCUU